CGUGCGACAAAACUGAACAGAUUGCCUGAUGGCGCCAGUUGGGAAGCAUAGAGACUCUCCGAGCUUCAAUAAAAAUGGAGGAAAGGAAAAAGCUCCGGCUGGUCUGAUUCGGAAGCAGCCCCGGCGAUGGGACAGGGGAAGCCUGAAGGAGGGUCAAGGUUUUGCCAUUUGGAGAAAACAAAAGAUUCAACGUGACUACAAAAAGUUACUUAAAAAGGAAAGAAAUGUGAAUCCACAGAGGAAUGUUGGGUAUACCGAAGAUUAUCCCGAACACCUGAAACAUCUUUAUUUAGCUGAAGAGGAAAUGCUUCAGAAACAGCAGAAACCUAAAUAUAAACCAGUAGUACUUGAAGAGAAGGAGAUGGUAACUUCAGAAGAAUGGAGCUCCGACCUGCAUUUCACUGGGGGACCCCACAGAAGAAGUGGACCAGCGAGGCGAAGCAAGUAUCAAUCCAUGGGAGGCCUGGCUGCAACAUUAAGCAGGAGCAAUGUGAUUCAGAGAAAAUGUAAAGCAAAAACUUCAAACCAGAAAGCAAAAGAGGAUUAUGAGAAAAUAAAGAUUGAACGAGACAAGAAAAAAGAAGCAGCCAAAAAAAGGAGAGAAGAAAGAGAACAAGCUCAAAAACUUUACAAACAGAAGAAAAUGGAAACAUACAAAAUAUUAAGUAAAAGGACUAGAAAAGGACAGCCAAAUCUAAAUUUACAAAUGGAAUAUCUGCUUCAAAAAAUCGAGCAAAAAGCAUAACUUGUCACAUUGUUUUAAAUUACAGACACAAAAAAAUAAUAUGAACUGGAUACGGACUUUUUUUCUGUAAUGGUCUACCCUUUCAUUUUGUAGUGUCAGCUCUUACUAAAGCUUAUUAAAUUAUAAUGGAAAUAUUUUUGCCAAUUUAGAUCUAUUUGCAAGGAUUUUAAAAUUAAAAUUUGAAUAGUCUUAUAUGAAAAUGAUCUUUGUUUUAAAAAAUGCAGGUAAAGUUUUGGAAUGCAUGUACAUUUGUGCUGAUUUAAAAAAUCCUUUUGCUUUGAUAUAAUUUCUGACUGGGCAUGUGUAGAACUGUAUUGCUGUUUUUAGUACAACUGGUCUUCUGUUUACUUAAAGUUUGCAAUACUUUGUUUUCCUCUGUUCUCUGUUUUCUUGUGCAUAUAUUCAAAAUGUAAAUGACUAUGAGCAAAAUGUUCUUGGCAUAACUUGAUAAAAUACAAAUAGUUUGCCAAAUAUAGUGUAAUUAAUACUAUGAUAAACAUGAGCAUAUAAAAUGCAUACAGAAAUAUAACAGGAUUAAUUUUAAAAAACAAUAAUUAAUGGGAUUUAGUUGGAACAUUGCAGGAAAUUUUUUUGUAUGUAAUCUAUAUCUAGAUAGAGAUAACAUGCAACACUGAAAAUUACAAUAAAUGGUUUAAGAAUAUC